AUGUCAUCAGUUUCCGCGCACUUUAAAUUUUUGAAUCCACCACCCAGAAGUACCAUGGACAUAACCAUUCCGCCAUGCGCUGGAGCCAACGAAGUCAAUACAACCUCUAAAUUGGAGUUCCCUAUUAAGGGUCAAGUCACCGUUAGUUUUGGCGACGGUAAUGGCAAGCUUAAUUACUAUUUCGCUAAAACAUCUAAUGAUACAUUUAUGCCAGUAUCUGAAUCUCCCGUCAUCGUCGCAAUGAAGGAAGAUGAAAACCAAAAAUUCAAUCCAACCACCAUUCUCGACCUCAGUAAAGCUAACGCGUCUAUUGGGCAAGAUGGUGUCAUUCAAGCAGUAUACAAAUCGGAUGAUGGCAAUACCACUUGGUACGAAUGCGCCGAUGUCAAAGUGGUUAGUACAUCCGCUAAAUCGGUCAUUUCAAAUCUAAGAUUUAUGUGGGUUUCAAUUCUCGUUAUCGUUGGGGUGUUGUCUAUCUAG